UGUCUCCCGACCGCCACCUUCAGCCGAGACUGCAUAGCACAUCAUGGACACCAUCGGAAAGUGGGCCGCAGGCUCAUCCUAUGGACCUGUACUCAGCCAGACCGACUUGUAUCUUCUUAACGCCGACCUCGAGCUGAACCCUAUCCUCGCCAAUGAUUCCGGCUCGUUCCAGUUGAUCUUCAACCUCUCCAACGGACAGACGAGCGGGUACAAUCCCGAUUCCCGGGACCGCGACCUGCCGUUCACACAGAAGGACGAACCGGCGACUCUCCCGCGGGUAGAAGAGCUCAUUAUCAUCACGGAGGUCUCUCCAUGGUGCACCAUCAUCAAGAACCCCCAAGGGGUCACGCUCGGCGACGUCUGCACAACGCUGUACAAAGAGUACUCUGAGAAGAUGGUGACUGAGAAAGAGUUCGACUCCCUCCCGCCACGACAGCAGGAGCAGCUCCGGCGAUACGCGCAGUCUGCCUCGAGCGCCGGGAACUGGCAGUACUACUCGCCAGCGCCAGCGCCCCCAACGCAGUACAGGAGAGCCGAUUGGCUAAGGGAGAAGAUCUUUUUCGACAGGCUUAUGAGGAAGGAUGCCUAUGCUAGGCAGCGGCUUGGCUACUCUGCUCCCAACAUUUUCGUCCUCAUUUUGUCUACUUACUGAGCGUUCCGCGGCCUUCUUGUAUAUCCGUUUUCCGGACCCAUCCCCCUGCUGUGUAGCUCCACUACAUCGUGUUUUGUAUAUGAUGUUGUACAACUUAUACCCGUAUAUCAGUAUGGCACGCCGUCGGUUCUGAUCAAUAUUCACUUGACC